UAUGUUUGAUCUAAACCCAAUUUCCCGUUUCCUAGGUUUUUUUCAACCGUCAUCCUCGUCGGCGUUUGGUUAUCUCUGUGAACGUGUUCACCGAUCAGUCUCUCCUUCGCCGGACUCCGUCGUCGCUUUCUAUUUUCCAGUGAGAGAGAUGGGUGACAAGAGGAAGAAGACGUUCAUGUUCAUCCGACUAGUGUCAGCAGCUGGAACUGGAUUCUUCUAUGUCAAGAGGAAGAGUAGCAAGGGACUUCUUGAGAAGCUUGAGUUCCGCAAGUACGAUCCUCGAGUCAAUCGUCAUGUCCUCUUUACUGAGCAGAAGAUGAAGUGAAGAAGCAAAACAAAAGCAAAGAUGGCUUUUGCCUGUUAUGCUAGCAAACACAAUUACAAAAAUGCAAGUUACUUUCAUCAAGCAAAUAACUUUUCAAUUUAGGAUUCUAAAACCUAAUUGCAGUUUGAUUGUAUUCGUGAUCAAUUUCGAGAUACCCUUUAUUCUAUUAGAUUUCCGAACAGUUGUAUUGUGUGAGCCUAUAAUCGAAUCUCACUUAUGUUUUC